AUUAACAAAGUCUUCUUCUCCGACAUUGGCAUUACACUAAAGUAAUGAAAUUUUGAUACUAAUAAUGUGCCGGUUUAACGUAUAAAGUGAGAAAUUGUAAGUCUUAAGAGUUUUCACCAAUUCGUUAAAUAUUCUGCACUGCUGCUGUGUAUAUAUACAUAUGUAUAUGAAACACUUGCCUUCAAUCUCUAAUAAUGACUUCUCUAAGAUACCCAUUAUCCUAUAAGCUUAUUGUUACCAUUCUUGAGCUUCUGCUUUUAUCUCUUUUAGCAGUCUCUGCAACUGGUAAACACCAAGCCUCAAGAAAAGGACUAGAAGAAGAAGAAGCUAAAGCUCUUCUGAAUUGGAAAAGCAGUCUCCACAACCAAAGCCAAUCUCUCUUGUCUUCUUGGAGUACAAAUACUAGUCCUUGCAACAACUGGACUGGAAUCAAUUGCAAUUCUUUCGCAAGUGUUGUAGAAUUCAAUCUUUCUGACUAUGGUUUAAAAGGUACACUUGAGACUUUCAAUUUCUCAGCCUUCCAUAACCUCCAUAGCCUUGUUCUGAGUAAUAAUUCUCUUUAUGGUUCAAUUCCUUCUUCUAUUAGUAAUCUUUCUGAACUCAAAUAUCUUGAUCUAUCUCGCAAUUCUUUCUAUGGAAAUAUUCCAUUUGAAAUAGGAUUCCUUACAAAUCUAAAUUCUCUUAUUUUAUCAAGAAAUGAACUCAGCAGUCAAAUUCCUACUUCCAUAGGAAAUUUAACCAAUAUAAUUGAAAUUUAUCUUCAUGUGAAUUUACUUUCAGGAUCCAUUCCUAAAGAAUUUGGAUAUUUGAAAAAAAUUCAAGUUCUUGUUUUGUUUGGAAAUAGACUUUCAGGAUUUAUCCCUCAAGAACUAGGAUUUUUAACAGCUCUUCAACUUUUUGAAUUGCCUGCAAAUAAUUUAACUGGAAAAAUCCCUAAAUCUAUAGGAAAUUUGACAAAAUUACAAGGUCUUGAUUUAUCCGAUAACUAUCUCUCUGGACCAAUUCCUCAAGAAAUGGGACAACUAUAUUCCCUUGUUGAGUUACGUUUGUUUACAAAUGAACUUUCUGGUCCCCUUCCAAACAUGAACAAUUAUACCCAGUUGACAAAUUUUCAAUUAUCUGAAAAUAGACUAAGUGGUGAUUUACCACAGGAGAUAUGCGUUAGUGGGUUGCUUGAUUAUUUCUCUGUCCAUCACAAUAACUUUACAGGGUCUAUUCCAAAAAGCUUAAAAAAUUGCAAUCAGUUGUUUAGAAUUAGGCUUGAUGCAAACCAACUUUCUGGAAAUAUAUCUGAAGCUUUUGGGGUGUAUCCUGAGUUAGACUAUAUUGAUUUGAGUGAUAACAAAUUGUCUGGUAAGAUAUCUUCAAAUUGGGGACAAUGUCGUAACUUGACAAGCUUAAAGAUAUCUAAUAAUAAUUUUUCUGGUGACAUACCAUCUGAGCUUGCAAAUGCAACCCAACUCCAAUUUCUGGACCUCUCUUCAAAUAAUCUAUAUGGAGAAAUUCCAAAGGAAUUGGGAAAUUUGAAGUUGCUAUUUCAUCUUGGUCUUAGUAAUAAUAAACUUUCAGGUCAAAUUCCUCUAGAGAUCACAAUGUUGUCUGCUCUUUCGUAUCUCAACUUAGCAAGAAACAAUUUUAAUGGGUCCAUUCUCAAACAAAUUGGAGACUGCACAAAACUAUUGGAAUUGAAUUUGAGCGGUAACAAUUUUUCUGAGAAAAUACCUCUUGAGAUAGGCAGUCUGCUUUCAUUGCAGACACUUGAUUUAAGUGAAAAUUUGUUGAUGGGAAACAUACCUGAACAACUUGGAAACUUACAGCGUCUAGAGAUUCUGAACCUUUCUCAUAAUAAGUUACAUGGUUCGAUUCCGGUUUCUUUCGAUGCUAUGAUUGGCUUGACAAAUGUAGACUUAUCCUACAACCAACUAGAAGGUCCAAUUCCUGAUACCAAACCAUUUCUUGAGGCUCCAUUCGAAGCAUUUAGAAACAACAAAGGCCUGUGUGGAAAUGCUUCUGGGUUGAAGGCUUGCCCUGCAUUAAUCAACCAUAAUAAUGUAAAAAGAAGCGAGAAAAUUAUUGUUGUAAUUGUUGUUCCAAUUUUGUGCACGCUAUUUCUCACAUUUUGCAUUGUCGGGAUUCUUUAUACUUACUGCCAAAGAGAAAGCAGUAAGUCAAAGGAAGUUGAAACGAGGAACGAUCCUUUUGCAAUAUGGAGCUAUGACGGUAAAAUGGUUUACCAAACCAUUGUUGAAGCAACAGAAGGAUUCGACUCGAGGUUUUGCAUUGGUGCGGGGAGAUCUGGAAGUGUGUACAAAGCUAUUUUGUCGACAGACAAAGUUGUUGCUAUAAAGAAACUUCACUUGCAGCUCGAAGAUGAAAUCGCCAAUUCAAAAGCUUUUGCUAGUGAGAUUCAAGCUUUAACAGAAAUAAGGCAUCGAAACAUUGUGAAGCUUCAUGGGUUUUGCUCAAAUAGUAAUCAACCCUUACUGGUUUAUGAGUUUUUAGAAAAUGGGAGCCUUGAAACUUUGUUGAAGACUGACGAACAAGCAAAGGCAUUUGACUGGACGAAGAGGAUAAAUGUUAUUAAAGGUGUGGCAAAUGCUUUGUCUUACAUGCAUCAUGAUUGCUCGUUUCCGAUAAUCCAUCGUGACAUAUCGAGCAAGAACGUUUUAUUGGACAUGGAAUACGAAGCUCAUGUAUCAGAUUUUGGCACUGCUAAGAUUUUAAAGCCAGAUUCAUCUAAUUGGUCUUCAGUUGCAGGCACACUUGGGUAUAUAGCUCCAGAGCUUGCUUAUACAAUGGAGGUAAAUGAAAAAUGUGAUGUCUAUAGCUUUGGGGUUCUGGCAUUGGAAAUACUUGUAGGAAGCCAUCCAGGCGAUCUUAUCUCAACCCUAUCAUCACCAUCAUCAUCAUCAGCUUCACUAUUGAAGGAUUUGUUGGAUAAUCGAGUCUCACUUCCCAGUAAUCAAGUGAUUGAAGAAAUAGUCUCUGUUGUGGAAAUAGCAGUUUCAUGCUUGCAUUCAAAUCCAGAAUCACGUCCAUACAUGAAACAUGUUUCUCAAGAGCUAUCUACUCAUACUCAAAACCCACCUUUGGAAAUGCAACUCCAUACUAUUUCAGUAGGACAACUACUUGGUCAUGGAGAUUAAAUAUCCUUAAUAGCUGUCAAAUAUUGUAUCAUUUUGUGAUAAUAAAAUAAUGAAAUGAAUAAACUGGUUGUGGUUACC